AUGAGUAUUUAUAUAAGAGAAGAUUUAACACGUAAUGAAAAAAUUCAACAAGCAAGAAGAAUUUUAAAUGAAAAUAAACAUUCACUUGAUGCAUGGUCAAUACUCAUACAAGAUGCUCAAGAUAAGAAAAUAACAGAAUCACGUGAAUUUUAUGAAUCACUUAUUACACAAUUUCCAACAUGUGGAAAAUUUUGGAAAAUUUAUAUUGAAUCUGAAAUGAAAGAUCGAAAUUAUGAAAAAGUCGAAAAAUUAUUUCAACGAUGUUUAAUUAAAGUAUUAAAUAUUGAUUUAUGGAAAUGUUAUUUAAAUUAUGUUCGGGAUACAAAAGGCAAAUUAUCAUCGUUCAGGGAAAAAAUGGCACAAGCAUAUGAUUUUGCAUUGGAAAAAAUUGGAAUGGAUGUUUAUUCAUAUAGUAUUUGGAAUGAUUAUAUUAUUUUUCUUAAAUCUGUUGAAGCUGUUGGUUCUGAUGCUGAAAAUAAAAAAAUGACAGCCGUUCGAAAAGUCUAUCAAAAAGGUAUUAUGACACCAAUGACAAAUGUAGAAUUAUUAUGGAAAGAAUAUUGUACAUAUGAAAUGGGUAUUAAUCAAAUGUUAGCGAAAAAAAUAAUUGAUGAACGUUCUCGAGAAUUUUCAAAUGUUAAAAGAGUUACAAAAGAAUUUGAAACAUUAGUACGUACUAUUGAUCGUAAUAUGCCAUGUAUACCACCAACAUCACCACAAGCAGCUGAUGAAAUUAAACAAAUAACUGCUUGGAGAAAAUUUAUUUCAUGGGAACGAUCAAAUCCAUUAAAAACUGAAGAUGCAUUACUUGUUAUUCGUCGAGUUGUUUUAGCUUAUGAGCAAUGUUUACUUUGUCUUGGUUAUCAUGCUGAUCUUUGGUAUGAAGCAUGUGCAUAUUUAGACCAAACUUCACGUGAAUAUUCUGAAAAAGGUGAUGCUCAAUUAGCAAAACGUUUUCUUGAUGAUGCAGCUAUAUUAUAUGAACGUGCAUUACAAACAUAUAUGCGUUCAAAUAUGCUUAUACAUUUUGCCUAUACUGAUUUUGAAGAACAACGUUUAAAUAUUGAUAAAGCACGUUCAAUAUAUAAUCGUUUAUUAGAUGUAAAUGAAGCUAAUUUAAAAGAUCCAACAUUAGCUUAUAUACAAGCAAUGCGUUUUGAACGACGUACAGAUGGUAUUAAAUCAGCACGUGCAAUAUUUAAACGUGCACGUGAAGAUACACGUACAAAUCAUCAAAUAUAUGUUGCAGCUGCAUUAAUGGAAUAUUAUUGUACAAAAGAUAAUAAUAUUGCAUUUAAUAUAUUUAAUCUUGGUUUAAAAAAAUAUAGUCAAAAUCUUGAUUAUAUAUUAGCUUAUAUUGAUUAUAUGACACAUUUAAAUGAAGAUCAUAAUGCACGUGUUUUAUUUGAACGUAUAUUAUCACCAAAUAAUCCUAUAUUAAAACAAUUACAACCAACAAUAUGGAAUGAAUUUCUUAAAUUUGAAUCCCAAGUUGGUGAUUUACAAUCAAUAAAAAAAGUUGAAAAACGACGUUUAAAAAUUUAUUCAGAAUUAAAUGAAUUAGAAGGUCGAGAAACAUUAUUACUUGUUGAUCGUUAUAAAUUUCUUAAUUUAUUACCAUGUUCAAUUGAUGAACUUAAAUUACUUGGUUAUAAAGAUUUAUCACAUAUGAAUUUAUCAUCAACAAAUACAUCAUUAUUAAGUAAUGGUACAAUUGUUAAUGGUACAGCAUUAUUAGAACAAGUUGUACGAGAUCGUCGAGCUAUUUUACCUCGACCUGAUAUUAAACAUAUGAUGCCAUUUCGACCAACACGAAAUCCAUUACCAGGUAGUCAUCCAACACCUGGUGGAGUUUUUCCAUUGCCUGACACAGCACUUUAUCUUGUUAAAGUUCUUCCACCAUCAAGAAAUUUUGAAGGUCCAUUUGUUAUUAUUGAUGAAUUAAUGGAACGUGUUGCUCGUAUGACUAUACCUGAUAAAUCUAUUUAUACUGAUUAUCAUAAUCAUCAAAAUUCGUCUAAUUCAUCACCACAUAUUGAUACAUCAAUGCCAACAAUAACAAUAGAUUGUGGAUCGAAUAAUAGCAUCAAACAUGAAGUUUGGAAUAAUAAUUAUGCAUCAUUAGAAAAUAUGUGUGAUACAUCGAUACCACUUUCUACUCAAUCUACUAGUCUUCAACGUAAACGUUGGAAUAUUCAUAAUGAAUUACUUCGUUCACAUUCUCCUGAUCCUUAUCGUAAGCGAAACGAACAACCAUGUAAACCAAUCGCAUUACGUCCAUCAUGCUCACUUGACGACAUGACACGCAUUAAAUUGACGACUAAAUUAACAGAUGAUAGUGGUACGGGUGAAUCAAUACCAAUUAAUUCUACACCAAUAACGCCAUCGCCUAUUCAUUUUGAAAUAGUCCCUAUAUUUGGACAACCAAAAAGAGUAUUAAUGGCAAACCGCUAUAAUUUUGAUCAAAAAAAAAUAGAUGAAUAUCUAAAUCGAAAAUGUAAAAGUAAUACAAGAUUAACAACCAAUAAACCAACGACUAGACACAAUUCAAAUGAUAAUUCAUCAAAAAAAUUAUUCAAGAGUUUUUUUCCACGUUUUAAAAAACCAUCAAAAUCUUCUUUAACUGAUGCAAUUACAAAUGAACCAAUGGUUCGUCAUCAUUUAUCAGAAGAUCAAACAAUUGAACAUUUUUGA